AAACCCAGCUUAACCCCUUUCUUCUUCUCGUCUUCUCCAGCCUUCACAAAGCAUCACCAGGCAUAUAUACCCAGCUCACCCGCCGUAAACCCCGCUCACACUUCACAAAGCAUCACCAGCUGCGCCACAAGCCACCGUCCACGCCCUUCUCUCUUUCCUCCAAUUCCGCGCUUGAGCUGCCGAUAAUUUCAGCUUGAAGCUUGAAGCUUUAGUUCUUCAGGUACCUUCGUGUUUUCGUUGAGUUAAGGUAUAUUCAGAUUCGUGAAAUUCCUCUCCUUCAACCUUUGCAUGUUGGAUUUCACAUCAACAGCAUCUCCCUAUAACCCAGGAGCUUUGUUCGGAUUCAUGCUUUCCGACGGUGAAAUCAGCGUACCAAUUCUCAACAUCAAUGGUGACAUAUGAAGCAGGGCAUUAAUUGUUCAAAAAAGCCCAACAAAACUCCAAGCAGCCCAAUUCUGAAAACCCAAAACCCUCCCGACUUAAAUCCUCUUUUUUUUUUUUUGGCGACUUGGAUCUCUGCAUGGCUGACGCUCUCUCACCGGAACCCGAACUCUACUCACCACAACCGCACCAAAACACUCCAAACAGUCCAAGCAAACUGAACUGCCGCAAAAGAAAGUCCGACAAUGAUGAAACUCACCCCGCAGUGCCUCCCCAUGUUCAAAAACUUCUCAAACGAAUCGUUUUGUCCCUGAGCAAGCCCUCCUAUCUCCUUGAUGUCGGCUCCACAAGACCCCGAGCCGAGCACCGUGCCCGGCUCACCAAGCUCCUGCGGAAGCUUGUCAAGCAGCGCAACUGGGUCGAAGCCAGCGGAGUCCUGAGCGUGUUGUUGGAAGGCAGCCGGAAAGACAGGUCGCCGGCGAACAACCGGUUCAAGUAUUGGGUUUUGAUGGAAAUGCUUGAGCAUUUGGAUUCCAAUGCUUAUAAGGUUAUGGAAGCUUAUGCUGUUUGGGAGGGGAGGAAUGCGAUGGCAGGUUACUCGCCUGAGUACCGGUAUGCGCUUCAACUGGAGCGUAUUACUUUGUUGAUUACUGAAGGAAAUUACGAUGAGCAUGCCCAUCACUCUACCGUGAUUCUCACACAAUUAAAGGAGUUUGGAAAUGAACCACUGUUAAUGAUGAUUGUAGGAUUGGCAUACCAGCAACUGUGGUAUUCCAAUCUUCCAAAUGAAAUGAAAUGGAGGGAGUCCGACCAGUUUUACACUGCGAGGGAAUCAAAUGAACUACUUCCACACUCAGAGGGGCAUUAUGCAGGUAAUACUCACGAGGCUGGUACUGGCAUUCAAUGUGGUUCAGAGACCUCUGUAAUGAAUGAUAAAGUAUCAUAUAUUGGUGCCGACGGUGGCAUACAUAGAGAUAUAUCUAUGGGGGUCGAUGACAUGGAGAUAGAAAAUUCUCAACCAAACUUUGGGACCCAAAGUUUCUAUGCGGACCCUGAUGAAGAUACAGAAAAUGAAAAUGAUGGUGAAAUGCAGUAUGCUCCCGUUUUUGAAGCCCUUGAGGGCUUGGAAUCUCUGUUACUUCCCAUACGAUUGCCAGAAUCUACAGAUAGGGAGGAUUUCAUGAAUUCACAGACGACAAUUUUUAAUGACACUUUUAGGAGUGCAGUGAAGUAUUUAAGGCUAGCUCUUCACUCCACGCCCCCAGUAUUGCAGGCCUUGCUUCCUUUGGUACAGCUGUUGCUGAUUGGAGGUCAAGUAAAAGAAGCCCUCAAUGAGAUUGAAAACUGCUGUAGUCCAAAUACUGCACUGCCAAUUCGAUUAAGGGCUACACUUUUGGAGCAAUUUGAUCGUUACAACAGCGCCCUUCUUUCUACCUGUUUUGAGGAUGUCUUAAAGAAUGAUCCAACCUGUUACGAUUCAUUGGCAAAACUUGUUCAACUGCAUCAAAAUGAUGAAUAUAGUCUCGAGAGUCUACUGGAAAUGAUAGCUUUGCAUUUAGAUGCAACCUAUGCAGACUACAACACCUGGAGAGAAUUUGCUUUAUGUUUCCUGAAGCUUUCUCAGUAUGAUGAGGACCGAAUGUCCGUGUGUCUGAACGGAAAUGAAGGUGAACAUAAAGAACACUACUCCGUUUGUUUCAAUAGGACCCCCAAAAUGUUUAUAGAGGGAAAAUCUGGAGAGAGUUGGAGAUUUCGCUGCAGAUGGUGGCGUACACGUCAUUUCAGCCACCAGACGCUAACCUCGGAGAUUGCAACGGGUGAGUUGCAGCUCUUAACUUACAAAGCAUCGUGCGCGGUGCAUAUGUACGGGUCAGAGUUUUCGUACUUUGUGGAUGCUUAUGCCAGUUUAGAGAAAGAAAAUGAGAGGGAUUUGCUCAUGUUUUUGCAGACCAACAUUCAAAAUUCAGCUAGAAUACAAUCAAACUUUGAACAGAGAAGUAGAUGAGUUUAUGGAGACGAAGCCUGAUCAUAUUUUGUAACUCUUUUGUUUCCUUGCAGCUCAAGCAAUCAAAAUCAAGAUAUCAUUCUUUUAUUAAUCUAUUUAUAUUAGUGAAA